AUGUAUCCCAAAAAAAAGUCAGGUGCUGCUGCGGAAAAGCUAGAUGUUCACACCGAGCCAUCGAGCCAGACGACCUCCCAGACGAAUCCGCAUUCACAAAAGUUGCAGUCCAAACCAACGAGUAUCCACAAUUCUAUUACCGUGAACUUAAACACCCCCGGCUGCGAUUCCAAUACCCCUUUAGCCCCUCCGCAUUCCCGUCAUCAGUAUCACCAUCACACAACCAGUAGCGUAGGUGUCGGGAGCUACCACUCAUGCUGGUCUGUACCGAUCUCCCCGCUGACUGGGAGUGGCGUGAGAGCUAACAGCGCAGGCUACGCCGCCGCUUCUGUUCCAAACCCGCCAAACUGUACGGGGGAUGGAAUCACAUUUGGCGUGUGCAGCAGUAGCCCCAGCGGGGCCGAGGGGAUCGCUGUGGAUUCCUGCAUCUCUAAUAAUCAUCACGUAAUGCAUCCUAACAGCAGCAUGACCUCCGCGUCGUAUCCGAUGCCUCCUCCCAGUUAUUACAAUAAUCCGAUGAGUGGUAUAGUGAAUACAAACGGCUGUUAUUACGGGUACGACGUGGGGCAGACACACGGCUAUGGAAGCGGUUCGGAGGUGUUGCCGCCACCGCCGCCACAGUCCCCGCCCCACGGGAAUACCCCACCGUCAUCGCAUAGCGGUGUGGGGCAGUUUUCCCCCCCCAACGACGCGGUUGCUGCCCCACCGGCGUCUUGGAACAGUGCGAUCCAGCAGGCCGAGGCGCGCUACAAGCACCUCUACGAGGAAUUCCGUAAGCUGAGCCGCUCUCGGGCGGAGCUGGUUGAGAAUUUGUCGCGCAUGCGCCGCGAGCAGCAAGCCUUACAGGAGGGCUUUGAUUUCUACCGUGCCAAGGCGGUGACGGUGGCAACAGAGAAGGCGGAGGUGAUGAAGGCAUAUCUCAGUGAUAUAACGAUGCUCUUGGCUAUUCUUGAUCGACUUACGGGUGAGUUGGUGGGGCUACGUCAGUCCACCCAGUCGUCUGGAAAUAUGGGAAAGGAGACAGGCCUCGCGGCACUGCAGGCUGGCGGCGAAGAGUGUAACCUAUAUGUUGAGGCGGGUAAACAAGUACAAGUGGCUGAUGUGAAUAGUUCCUUGCCAACUAUGGGGCAUAGGAAUGCUGCGGGCAAUAGUGAACUAAGUAUUGCAGGGGAGCUAUAUCCUAAAUUCAGAGAAUUGCAAUUGGUCUUGCAGCAGCUCGAGGAGGACAUGUCUAAAGCGUCGUCUCAGAUGCAGGUAAAGAUGGACCCUGCAGAGGGUCAGGGAAAAAAAGAUGAGAAAACUGAAAAUGAUUCUAGAUCGAGUAAUAGGUUCAAAAAAGUGAAUAAUUCUAACUGUCCAACAAGUGAAUGCCGCAACGCUUGUCCGAUAUCUUACUCCUCGUUUCGGUGGCUGCUUAAUGUGCUGCACUUAUGCUAUGAACAGUAUGAUUCGGCAGUACCACUUGCGAGCCCGCGAUCCUUGCCCAAGGAAAACAAGGAGGAAAAGGUGUCAUCAAUGGAAAAAUAUGAGGGGAACGGCGUAAAUUCAUUGAACACAAGUAUUGAAAAUGACAAGGAUAGUCGCAACCAUAGCAGUGAUAAUACACCUAGAAGUAACAAUGAGAUCCUGCUUCAAGGGAAUUUGCAGAAUAUUAUUGCGGCCGCACACAAAGAUAUGAAGGCUUUACUCAAAUGCCUGGACUACGGGUUCCCUAUGAACAGCAGUGGGUGUUGUGGCCUAAAGCUCCAACUGCAGCUUCCUCAGUGGCCCUCGAACGUGCUCCCAGAGACGUAUUUAUCUAAUCCUAAAACCACAGGCAUUAACAUGUGCAGUAAGUCGAAUUCGACUCGUCUGAAUUUUGAGUCUCUCGGCGAAGGGGAGGCCGUUCCCAAUGACGCUCUUCCCAACAAUCACUCUGGGACCAUAUUCCCAGUGCUUAAAACAUCUCAAUGCGAUGCAGUAUCCGAAAAAAACGAGUUCGGAACCACAGCAAAGGCGACAGUAGACGUGAAGAAAGAUAGGAAGAACUGA